CUGAAAAAAAAUACGGCAGAAAAAGAAAAAAAAGAAACGUGUUUUGCGGCGGAUUUUUUUCUCGUGUGUAAUAUUUUUAUUGCAAAAUACUGAAAUGUGUUCAGUAGAACAGAAACCCGUGUUUCGGGACCUGACCGGCGAGGAUCCAGACCCUGAGGUGACGGAGAUCGAGUCGCUAUGCAUGAAUUGCCAUUCCAGUGGCAUGACACGUCUGUUGCUGACGAGGAUACCGUACUACAAGAAUGUCGUCAUCAUGUCGUUCUCGUGCGAGGAGUGUGGGUACGAGAACAAUGAGAUACAGCCCGGAGGGGCGUUCGCUGAAUUGGGGGUUAGAUGGAAACUCCAUGUUGACACGCAGACGGAUCUUAACCGACAAGUGGUGAAAAGUGACUACACUAGUGUGAGAAUACCGGAGCUGGACUUCGAGAUACCUGCACAAAGUCAGAAAGGAGAGGUGACGACAGUAGAAGGCAUCAUAUCGCGAGCGGUCUCCGGGCUGACCCAAGACCAGAGUGCUCGGAGGGAGCAGCAUCCAGAGGCAGCGGAACAGAUUGAUCGCUUCGUGGCCAGACUGCAGGAGCUGAGGCACCUGGAGAAGAAGUGGACCCUCGAGCUGGAGGAUAUUAGCGGCAACUGCUUCGUGGAGAACCCGGAGGCGCCGCGUAAGGACCCGCGGUGCGAGCGCUCGGACUUCGCCCGAACGCCGGAACAGAAUCACGCGCUCGGCAUCUUCACACGGGACGAGGUCGGUGUACAACCCUACGAUAGCGAGGUGUCCGAAGAGCCCGAGCCCAAGUUGCCAGUGGCCACAGACUCGUUGUUAACCCCUGCGGACCCGGCCAACUGCACCUAUGACGCUAUGGCGGGGGACGAGGUGCUUCAGUUCCGAACCAACUGUCCCGAGUGCAACGCGCCCGCUGACACAAACAUGAAGCUGACAAAGAUCCCUCACUUCAAAGAGGUGGUUAUAAUGGCGACGAUAUGCGACGCGUGCGGACACCGCACCAACGAGGUGAAGUCUGGCGGCGGCGUGGAAGACAAGGGUGUGCGAUUCGAGGUCCGCGUCGCAAACAAAGACGACUUCUCCAGAGAUAUACUGAAGUCCGAGACGUGCAGAAUGGAGAUACCCGAGUUAGAGUUGGACGUGGGCGGGCGCGCUUUGGGCGGGCGGUUCACUACUGCUGAGGGGCUGCUGCGAGCAACCGUCGAGCAACUGGCCGACGCGCCCGGCGUCGUAGGGGACGCGCCCUCGCUCGCUGCUGACAGUCUUGACACGUUCGUGGCGAAACUUAACGAGGUGCUGGACAGCAAGCGGUCCGUCACGAUUGUGCUGGACGACCCCGCCGGCAACUCGUAUGUGCAGAGUCUCAACGACGAAGACCCCAGUUUGCCCGACGACGGCCUCAAGAUCACCCGUUACGAGCGCUCGUUUGAGCAGAAUGAAGAGUUGGGCCUCAACGACUUGAAGACUGAGGGAUAUGAAGCCACCUAGCCCGAUAUCGGGUCUCUAUGACACGUCGCUUAGACCUUACAAUAGGUUAGGUUAAUGUAUGACGGAUUGUACAGCGCCCCUAGCGGAUACUUUCAAGAACUAAAGGAUGAUGGGCAUA